UCCGAGCCGGAGCUGAGCCGGAGCCGAGCAGGAUGGCUGCUGCGGCCGCCGCCGCGCUCGGCCCCUCGGCGGCCGCCCUGUCCAGGGCCGUCUCGGAGCUCUGCCAGAACCCCCGUGAAACGUUCCUGGAGGCCUCCCGACUGCUGCUCACCUACGCCGACAACAUCCUGCGAAACCCUAACGAUGAGAAAUACAGAUCUAUCCGGAUUGGAAAUGCAGCCUUUUCUACCAGACUCUUGCCUGUCAGAGGAGCAGUUGAAUGCUUGUUUGAAAUGGGGUUUGAAGAAGGAGAGACACAUCUUGUGUUUCCUAAGAAAGCAUCAGUUGAGCAGCUCCAGAAAAUCCGUGACCUUAUUGCCAUAGAGAGAAGUAACAGAUUGAAUGACUCAAAUAAGACCCACAAAGUAGAUUCAUCUCAAAGACCCAGGACUGAUGCUCAGCCCAUGACAGCUCAGCUUUCCAAUCCUGCCGAAUUAACACCCAGCCCAGUGAACAGUCAGCUACAGCCAACACCUACACACUCUGCUCCAACGGGUUCUGAUUCAACCAUCCUAAAAAUGCUUCGGGACAGAUUUGAGGAUGUGCUUAUCUAUGAAAACCUUUCUCUUCAGAAGAAAGCUUUAACUUGUAUUCCAGUCCAAGAAUUGCAAAGCAGAGCCCAAGAAAAGUUUGAAAGAGCUAAAAAAUUGGAUCAAGGUGCUAAUAUAAAAGAAGAGGAUUUUCUUCUGCUGGAACUCCUGCAGUGGUUUAAAGGGGAGUUUUUUCAGUGGGUGAAUCACCUUCCAUGCGCUAAAUGUAGCGGUGAGACAGUACCUAGAGGCGACUUGCCUCCCGACGAUGAUGAGCGGAGGUGGGGAGCGAAUAGAGUUGAAGAGCAUUUCUGUAGCUCGUGCCACGUUAGCAAUCGAUUCCCAAGGUAUAAUGAUCCUGAGAAACUCUUGGAAACCAGACGCGGGCGAUGUGGUGAAUGGGCAAACUGCUUCACACUGUGCUGCAGAGCCAUGGGGUUCGAGGCGCGCUAUGUCUGGGAUGCCACUGACCAUGUUUGGACAGAAGUAUAUUCUCCGUCUCAGCAGCGAUGGUUACACUGUGAUGCUUGUGAAAAUGUUUGUGAUAAACCCCUCCUUUAUGAAGUAGGAUGGGGGAAGAAGGUCUCCUAUAUCAUUGCAUUCUCCAAGGAUGAGAUUGUUGAUGUCACUUGGAGAUAUUCCUGUAAACAUGAAGAAGUGGUCUCUAGGAGAACUCAAAUUAAAGAAGAAUUACUUAGAGAAACAAUUAAUGGCCUUAAUAAGCAGAGGCAACUGUCCUUACCAGAGAACCGAAGAAGGGAACUCCUGCACAGGAUAAUCGUGGAGCUUGUGGAAUUCAUCUCUCCUAAAACUCCUAAGCCUGGAGAGCUUGGCGGCCGCAUCUCGGGUUCAGUGGCUUGGAGAGUAGAAAGAGGAGAAAUGGGUUCUGAGAGAAAAGAAACUGUGUUCAUACCAUCUGGAGAGGAGAAAACGGCUAAGCUUUUCCACCUCACUUAUGAUCCAGUGAAUGAUUGUUAUGUCCGAGUUUCAAGUAGUAAUGAAAAAAUUUCUGGAUGGGAAAAUGGUGUUUGGAAAAUGGAAUCUAUGUUCAGAAAAGUCGAGACGGACUGGAAAAUGGUUUACUUAGCUCGAAAAGAAGGAUCAUCAUCUGCCUACAUUUCUUGGAAGUUUGAGUGUGGGUCAGUUGGGCUUAAAGUUGAUACCAUUUCCAUUAGAACCAGCAGUCAGACCUUUACGAAUGGAAAGAUACAAUGGAAACUACGUUCUGAUUCAACACAAGUAGAACUGGCAGGAGAUAAAAGCCUUCAUUCCUACCGUGAUUUUUCUGAUGCCACAGAAGUUAUUUUGGAAGCAAAACUAAGUGGCGGGGAUGGUGAUGUUGCCUGGCAACAUACCCAGCUGUUUAGACAAAGCUUAAAUGACCGUGGAGAAAAUUGUUUGGAGAUAAUUAUAAAAUUCAGUGACCUUUAAGAACUUGAACAUUACAGAAAUGCAGGCAAUCAUCAAGGACUUAUCCUGGUCUAAAGUCUUCUGUUGAUUCACUGAAUGUUGGCAGUUUACCACUGUUCUCCCUGCUGACAGCAUUUUUUUUUUUUGGCUGGCCAUCAAUCAUAUCAGUUGUCAAAAUAAUAAACCUUUAUACCAUGGACCAUAGUGAAAUCCUAGAAUUUUUAAAGCUACCUCUCUUUAAAAUGCUAAUUAAUGCGUGUUAAUGGUCAGAAUAAGACUACCUGGGAAUCAGAUUUUAUGUUAAAAUUGCAUAUAUAGUGUCAAAAGCUGAGUAGGGUGCCCUCUUAAUGCCCUGUUGCUAGUCAUGGUAAAACAUGAAGUUGUUAUUCUUGGUUAUUUGGUAUUUUCCAGUCUCUAACACUGCCUUGCAUAUUUCUGGUGCUUCAUGUUUCUUGAAUUGGUUAACCUUGAGCUUCUUGGUAGGUAGGCAGUGGAAUUGAAAUUCUUUAUGAUUUUUAACUCUUUUUGAUCUUUAAAAUUAACAAUCGAGAAGUUAUGGUGCAUGAUAAAAUUUUUAUUGUAAAUAUGUAGGCAUUUUAAAAUAAAAUGAACUAUUUUGCA